UGUUUUCCAGACUGCAACUGCCUUGUAUAUUUAGAUAUUAACAACAUAGUUUUAUUCAUGAAAUACCUUGAUCAAUUGCAUUCACUUACAUUUGUUUCCAAAAUCAUGUCCCAGUGUCCCCAAAUGGGAAAAGAAUGCGAUAUCUCUCCCUUUUUUGACCAGAAGGAACACAAAAAGCAAGACAUUAAUUUAUUCCUACAGCCUUAAUAACAGGUUACUGUAUUUAUGUGAGAGCUUUGUCUGUUAUAUGCGAGAUUAUGUUAUGGAUGCAAGAUAACUUUAAACAACUGAAUCAAAACUUCAGAUUUCUUAAUGGAGAGUCUAGAAACAGAGAAAAGUAAGAGCUGAUGAGUAGGUAGAAGAUGAUAAUUUUCCUUGUCCUUGUGACACAGGAAGCAAUUGGCUGCUGUUGUUUCAUAUUACACACUUACAAAAGAAAGCAUGUAAAUGUCUCCUCCUUUUCUGCAGAGAUAUUUCACUGACCUGUUGCAAGCUUCAAAGAAUCAUCAUGAGAUACAUCAGUGGACUGGCGUGUUAAUAAACCACUGCUUACAGAUUUAUCAGAGGAGACUUCUUCUUCAUAUUCUUAAAACGUGGAGCAGGUUAUGAACUUUGUGUAGAUUGUGCCCCAAACUUCUACCCCAUGCCCACUAUUACACAUGGCAUUUGCUGGCAUAGAAAGAACUGACAAAACACCAUUAUACAACCAGAAAUUCUAAAUAGAGGAACACAGUUAAAACCAGUGAGAAGCAAACCCUUCUGAGAAGAUGGUAGGUACUUCAGGGAACAGCCUGGUCCUUCCAAAACAGUACGGGGACUGGUGAGAGUCCCUGGAAUAAUGUGUUUCUCCUCAGUCAAAAGCUGCUUUUGAGUUAUUGCUUCUUCAAGCCAGUGGUCUCUACCAGCUUUGCCUCAAAAUGAAGGUGGAGAUAAUUUUAGCAAGGUGGGAAAUCAGGUGCUGUGUUUUAAGGAUAUCGGCAGGGCAGGGAAGAAAAUAAAGAUAAAAAAAUAAAAUAAAAUAAAAUAAAAUAAAUCAUGAAACGGCAGAGCUUGGAAUUGCCUCCAUGAUCCGUGCUUCUUUUGUUGUUGUUGUUUUGUUGUUGUUUGUUUUUAAUACUGAACAAUAUUUCUUCGUUAAGAUUUUUAACACGGCAGCUUGAAGUUGUGAUCUUUACCUACUGUGUGACAAGUCAGUACAUGGCUAACAGGGUUCAGGUCUGGGCUUUGGGGCCUCCUGGUUCUUCAUGGUAUUUCAGAGUGGAUCUACAAAGCAACCACAGGCUGAGGUGUGUGGAGAUGUCGCUGACCCCCAGGUCCUCUUACUAAAUCUGGGCUAUCUUGGAGACAAGGAUGCGAGGUAUUUGGGGAUAUGGGGAUAAAAGAGGAGAGAGUGUAAUUUUGUGGUUUACUUCUCAUGGCACACAUACAAGCACAGAGGUGACAGCCCUGUCUGUGUGUCUCCAAGUUAAAUUAAAAACAAAGUUAUCCAAAAUCCUUUGGGGAGAUGAACUGCAAAACCGAGGGCUCAAGCAGCUGAAGAACUGUGUCCCGGGUUGGAUAACCAAGUUGGAAGGGCACUCUGGAUUCACUGGGCGGAAACUGUGGUGAAGGUGCUUUGUGCGAGACAAGACCAACGUUUCUCUCAUGUGGUUGGGCUUUGGUUAGUUUACUGUGUACUUUUAUGUGCGGUGUGUCUGUUAUUCCUGAAGGCAGGUCUGCUUCUACAGAAAAAGAAACGAACGGCCUGCUGUUUGACUUCAAACAAUAAAAAAAGAAAUAAAAAGGAGGCUCCGCGUAGUUACUCUUCCCCUGAAGUUUAAGGGAACGCAGCUGCCUGAAGCACUCUACGUUACAUACGCCCCUCACAGCACAGCGCCCCCCGGCCGGAGCAGGGCCGCUCUGCGCAGGCGCGGCAGGCUCGGAAUCGCCCCCCCUCCCCUCCCCGAUCUUUUCCGAACCCUUCCGAAGCCCCUUCCCGGCCGCGCACGCGCGCCGCGCCUGUCGGGAGGGGGCUAAGCCAUCGCAACGUCCUUUCCGCGCCCCCCUCCCUGGCGGGGCCGGCAGCGCGCACGCGCGGUUGCCGGGGCGGCGGGGCCAAGGGGAAGGGAAGGGGGGUGCCGGUUUAAACGGGGCGGCGCAUGCGCGGUGCGGCGCCUGGCUCUGCCUCGGGGGCCGCCACAUUGGCUCGGCGAGGGGAGCGCUGCGGGCAGCGCCGGGCCGGCCGUCCCCUGCCCGUCCCCGUGCCCGUGCCCAUGCCCCGGCUGCCGGCAGCGGGCGCGGCCCGGCGCUGAGCUGCGGGCAGAGCGUGGAUGGAUCCCCGCGUGGCCUGGAUCCAGCCCGAGCAGAAAGGCCCCGCGAAUGCGCUCUGGAUGCAGAUCUGGGAGACCUCGCAGGGCGUGGGGGGCCGCGGCGGCGGCGGCGCCGGCUUCCCGCACUACCUCUGCCUCAACUCCCCGGCGCUGGACCCGGCCGCCGCCGCUAACGCCGCCACCGCCGCCUCGUCCCCUCCGCCCCGCGGCCACGGCUGCACCCGGCUAGGGGCGCCCGGCCCCGGCUGCUGCUCCUCGUCCUCGCCGCCUUCGCCCUCGCCGUCGCCGCCGGCCCUGCUGGCCGGGCUGCUGCCCGCCGCCGCCCCCGCCGUGCCCCCCCCCGCCGCCGGCCCCGCCAACGGUGGCGGCGGGGAGGGAGGGCGGCGGCUGCAGAAGUCACCGUCGGUGUCGUCGUCGUCGUCGUCGUGCUCGUCGGUGGAGUCCGGCACCGAGAGCCCCGGCUUCUCCUCCUCGGGCUCCUGCGGCGGAGGCGGCGGCUCCUCCUCUUCCUCCUGCGGCCCCCGGGCGGCCGUGGCUCCUCCCGGGCUGCUGGGCAGCGGGGCCGGGCCCGGGGAGUUUUUUAACUUCCACGAGAACGACAAAGCGAACAGUGUGAACGGGCACCACCCGCCUCCCCCCCCGCACCUCGCCCGCGGGCCCCACCACCCGCCGCCGGCCUCCCCCCAGCAGCACCAGUACCACCCGGGCCGGAGGAAACGGGAGAAUAAAGCCAGCACCUAUGGCAUGAAUUACCUGCUCUCCGGCAGCCGGGGCGUCGCCGCCAACACCUCCCCGCACCAGCAGCGGCAGCCGCCUCAGCCGGCGCUGCAGAGCCCCGGCACGCCCUGGAAGACGAGGAAAUACAGCCCGGGCGUGCAGGGACUACACGAAGAAAUAAUUGAUUUCUAUGACUUCAUGUCCCCUCGUCCAGAAGAAGCAGCUAUGAGAAGAGAAGUGGUGAAAAGAAUAGAAACAGUCAUCAAAGAUCUUUGGCCUACAGCUGAUGUCCAGAUAUUUGGCAGCUUUAGUACAGGGCUUUAUCUUCCAACUAGUGAUAUUGAUUUAGUUGUUUUUGGGAAAUGGGAACGCCCCCCUUUACAGCUGCUGGAGCAAGCACUAAGAAAACACAACGUGGCUGAGCCAUAUUCCAUUAAAGUACUUGAUAAAGCUACGGUACCAAUAAUAAAACUUACUGACCAGGAGACAGAAGUGAAAGUUGACAUCAGUUUUAAUGUAGAAACUGGUGUGAAGGCAGCUCGAUUUAUCAAGGAAUACAUGAAGAAAUACUCUUUGCUGCCUUAUUUGAUUUUAGUAUUAAAACAGUUCCUACUUCAGAGGGACUUGAAUGAAGUUUUUACUGGUGGAAUUAGCUCUUACAGCCUAAUUUUAAUGGCAAUUAGUUUCCUGCAGCUGCAUCCAAGAAUCGAUGCCAGAAGAGCUGAUGAAAACCUUGGAAUGCUUCUGAUAGAAUUCUUUGAACUCUAUGGAAGGAAUUUUAACUACUUGAAAACUGGUAUUAGAAUAAAAAAUGGAGGUGCCUAUAUUGCCAAAGAAGAAAUCAUGAAAGUCAUGACUAAUGGAUACAGACCAUCCAUGCUAUGUAUUGAAGAUCCUCUCCUGCCUGGAAACGACGUUGGCAGAAGCUCUUACGGUGCCAUGCAAGUGAAACAAGUUUUUGAUUAUGCCUACAUUGUUCUUAGCCAUGCAGUAUCACCACUUGCAAGAUCAUAUCCAAAUAGAGAUUCUGAGAGCACAUUAGGUAGAAUCAUCAAAGUGACCCAAGAAGUGAUUGACUACAGGGCCUGGAUUAAAAAGAAGUGGGGGAGCAAAAUUAAUUUAUCACCUGAACUUGAUAAUAGGUUGAAAAUAAGAGACCAGAUAGCUCCAUGCAAUGGAGAACAGCAACAGAACAGAGACUCUGAACCAUCUUACAACCAACGCUUGGCUUUGUCACUAGCUAAUACACAACAGUUAUCCUCUGGCUCAUCUGCGUCUUCUGUAUCAUCGCUCUCCGGCAGUGACAUUGAUUCUGAUACACCACCUUGCACAGCUCCUAAUGUUUACCAGUUCAGUCUGCAAGCACCGACUCAACUUAUGGCCAGUUUACCACCCGUAUUGCCUAUGCCAAGUGGUAAACCCCAAUCUGCGCCUUCGAGAACCUUGAUAAUGGCCACCAGUAAUCAGCACAGUGGAAUGAAGUUUUCUAUGAAAGGAACUCAUAAUCAAGGCAACAGCUACAGCCCUGUCAGCAGUGGAGGCAUGAGGCAACCAGUUGGUAACAGAGGACACCACCAGUACAAUCGUAAUAUAUGGAGAAGAAAAAAACACAGAGACAGUUUGCCUAUUAGUCUGAGCAGAUAAUGGCAGAUGCCAAAAUGACCUUCCCUGUUCAGACAAACUGAGCGAGUGCCACUCGACUUGGGGGAUGGAGACCAGCGUCCAGCACAUCGUUUUAUUGGUGUUGCCAAAUAUCUGCAGCUGACUUCUUUGCAUGUUUCUUUGUGUGGUGGUUCAGUCCAUCUUCAAGAAGUAGUUGUGCUUAUCUGUGAAGCCUUAUUAAAUGUGGAAGUUUGUUUUUCUGCCUUCCCACAACGGUUCAUACAGUGCCGAAGCAGCUCUGACAAUGGAACUGCAAGGACAUUUACAAAUGCUGUGGCUUUUUUUGCUGUGGCUACAUCUGUUCCUUUGUGGGUUCUGUUUUCUUUUAUUUUGGAAGUGAAGGAAACUUCAGCCCCUUGGAUUUUUUUUCUUUGCAGCAAAUCAAGUUGGGAAUUCAUAAAAAAUAAAUUUGCUGCUCUCCUGUUUGUUUCAAAGUUCAGAAUUUUUUGCUCUGUAAAUAUUGGAGGUAUAAUUUGUGCAAUAACUUGGAAUUUUUAAUUUAAUUUCAUAUUGUCACAUAAGUUAUAUUUAAGGGGAAGAAGUUUUUUAAUUUACAGAUCCUUUCCCAGGUUGCAUUAUCUAAGUUGGGUUCAUAGUUUUGGCAGGUUGUCUGAGCAGUGUUACAAACAUGACAUUUUGGUAAUAUUUGAGGCUUCUCGAUUCACAAUGAAAGUGCGAUUUGGCUUAUGGUUUUAAGAAGGUAUUACGCUCCAAAGCAUUUCGACCCUAUGUUUUUUAGCUCAUUGUCUGGCCUCUAUCAGUUGUCUUGCUCUGACCAAUGAGUUUUAAUUUUAUUCCUUUUACUAGACAACAAAUCCAGCAUUCUUAGUACCAGAAAGGAAGCUUUUGGGGAGGGGGGGAAGGUUGGUUCAAGUCCUGAUGUGAAAUUAAAAAGCUGUGAACUACACGCUUUGAUGCAUUUUAGUAAUGUAACCUGUUAAUGUUCGGGUUCAAACAACAUUAUUAAACAGAGGUACCCGGCUUAAGGAAUGUGGAGAAAGGAAAUAUGUUGAUUCCAUUAAGGAAUCUGUAUAGCAGUAUGCAUUAGUUCUGUUAAGAGCAAAUAUAUAAAAAGUACUUCAGCUGCUCUAAGCAUUAUGAGAAGUAUCUUUUAAUGUAUUGCAGGAGAGCACAGCCCAGUGUUGUACACAGUAUGAGUGGCUGGCACUUAAUUUACAGAUGCAUACAGGUAUACUAUGCAAGUGUGUAUUGCCAUGACAAACACUGUCUUUAACUUUUUGAAAAAUGUACAUCCUGCCUAACCCUGAGUUUUUAAAGCACCACAGUUGUCCUGGGAGUAGGUCACAUCUCAUGCCCUCUGACUUCCCAUUUUUUUAAUGAAAGUUCUUAAACUAUACAGAAAACUACAGAUCAGUUCUAUAAAUCCAUUAGCAGAGAAGGCUGAAGAAUCCUGUUAACAGGACAUCUAUACUGUGUACAGAUACAGGUGGUUUUAAAACUGAUAUCUGACUAUUAAAAUGAGGUGUCAAGCAUGAAGCUUUUUAAUACGCUGUAUGCCUUUGAAGCAGAAGUAGUUCAUGUUAUUACUGAAUCUGUUGAACAGAACAGGUCUUUGAGGGGAGAGAGGGCAACAUUCCAAAGUAGAGUAGUGCAUAUCUGUUUGCAAAAAGUUUGUCUUAAUGCUCAGAUUCAUCACAAUUUUAAAUAAAAAUAAAAAUUGUGAGCUGAUUCAUAAAUAAUAUCUAAGGGCUGUUACAUGAGCCUGUACUGCUUAGUCUUCACACACUAGCAAUAUUGAGCAUAACUACAUUAAAGAGCCUUCAAAGGCUUUAGUUGGUGUCUUAUACUAGCGUCCAUUUUAAAGCGAAAUUCAUUUGAAAAGUGGUAUCAUGUAACACUUCAGUCAUGGUGAACCAAAUAAAUUGGCCUGGCUAUCACUGUGGUUAUGUGCUACAGGUUUAAAAAAAUCAUGUUUAAAUUUUUUGUGUGGACAACUAUGUGGAAGCUAAAAUUGACAUAUUUUUAUGUAAAGUUUUCUAUUCUUUGAUUUUUAAUAAACUUUGGAGACCAGUCA